AUGGGCUGCUGCCAGUCGCGGCUGGAGCGGCUGGAGGCGGUGUCGCGGUGCAAGGCGCGCCGGCGCUACACCAAGCAGCUGGUGCAGGCGCGGCGCGACAUGGCGGCGGCGCACGCGCUCUACCUGCGCGCGCUGCGGGCCACGGGCGCCUCGCUGAUGCACUUCUCCAGCGCCGAGGCGGAGCACCCGCACCCCCACUCGUCCGCGGCCCACCACCACCACCACCACCAGCCGCCGCCCUCCCCGCCGCCGCCCCCGACGCCGCCGCCGCCUCCCCCGCCGCCCCCGCCGCCGCUCAGCCCGACCCCGACCGUCAGGUCCUGGACGACAAACUCCUCCUCGAUCUCCGCGUCCGCCAUCCUGCCCCCUCCGCCGCCCCCGCCAAUGCCGUCCAGCUGGGACUUCUGGGACCCCUUCGCGCCUUCCUCCUCCCGCUCCGUCACCGAGGACGCCGACUGGGACGACGCUGCCACCACCGUCGUCGACGCUCCCAUCGCGCCCGCGCGGCCCGUCGUCACGGCCGCCGCCGCGGUAGCCGCGCCCCCGUCCAUCGUCACCGCAACCACCACCUCCAUCACCCCUAGCGAGCUCACCGUCGUCGCCGUGCCCCGCGGCGGCACUGGGAACAAGGACCUCGCCGAGAUCGCCACCGAACUCGACGAGUACUUCCUCAAGGCGGCCGAUGCCGGCGCCCGUGUCGCUGCACUGCUCGAGGCUCCCAUCUGCGAGCCCCCGGAACCCACCGCCACCAACAGCAGCCUCCCAGGGAAGGUACUGAGUUACAGCAAGAGCUUGAAGCCCAUGGGAUGGACCUGGGGUGGUGCAGGAGGGUAUGGGAAAGGUAACAAUGGCUUCACAAGGUUCGGGAGAGGCGAGGGAGGGAUGGUGAUGGGCAGUGGCGGAGGCGGUGGAAUGCUCAGCCAUUCAUCCACCGUGGAGAAGCUGUACGCAUGGGAGAAGAAGCUGUUUCUUGAGGUCAAGAGUUACGAGGGGUAUAAGCAAGAGCACGAUAAGAAGGUCAGCCUGUUGAGAAAGCAGGAGGUGAAGGGCGUGGAUUACUUGAAGAUGGAAAAGAAUAAGAUGGAGAUUGAAAGCCUGGAGUCCAAAAUGCUGGUUGCCAACCAGUCCAUCGAAACCACCACUUCUGAGAUAAUCAGGCUCAGAGAAUCAGAGCUAUUUCCCCAACUUCUUGAGCUGGUUGCUGGCUUGAUGAGCAUGUGGAGGGGCAUGUAUGAGUGUCAUCAAGUUCAGACCCACAUCGUGCAACAGCUUGAGUAUCUCAAAGCUCGGAAUAUGAACCCAACUUCCAAUGUCCACCGGCAAGCAGCUCUUCAGCUUGAAAUAGAGGUUGACAGAUGGUAUUCAGCCUUCUGUAGCCUUGUGAAGUCCCAGAGGGAUUAUGUGUAUUCACUGACUGGCUGGCUUCGCCUAUCGCUGUUCUGCCACCACGACCCACUGACCAAAGCUCAGAACUCUGAUAUUUACGGCUUGUGUGAGGAAUGGCAGCUAGCCAUCGAUCGAAUCCCAGAUAAGGUGGCCUCAGAAGGGAUCAAGACUUUCCUAACAGUAAUCCACGCUGUUGUGAUUCAACAAGCUGAGGAACAAAAGCUGAAGAAAAGGUCAGAGUCUGCAUUCAAAGAAUUCGAGAAGAAGGCAGAGGAGCUGAGAUCCUUAGAGUCAAAAUACGGGCCAUAUAUCGGUGCUGAAGGUUACAGAGAAAUGUCGCGAAAAUCACCAGUAGCUGACAAGCGGGCAAAGGUGGAGGCCCUGAGGAGCCGCGCUGAUGAGGAGAAGAGCAAGUAUGAGAAGAGCAUUGGAGUCACAAGAGCAAUGACCUUGAAUAACCUGCAGACCGGCUUGCCUAAUGUUUUCCAGGCGAUGACAGGCUUCGCCAGUGUCUGCACGGAGGCGUUCGAGUUGGUGUACAACUUCAAGAGAAGCUCAGACCGGAUCCUCGACGCGAAGAGGCUGCUGACCUGAAGCGAUGUUGCCUCACUGUAUAAAAUGUAUACAGUUCUAGACUUCUAGUAACAAUAGUAGGGUGGAAGAGAGUUUACCUUGCAACCUUUGUGUGGCUAUCAGGUUCUAAUGGCACACUAUAGUAGGAGCAAAUAUGCUGUCGAGCUCAUUUACUUGAUGUGAAUGAACUUUUGAGGUUUUGUUGUUUCCUUCCUUUUGGUAGCAUAAGUCCUUGAUCUGAUGUAGGAAUCGAAUUGUGGCAGAUUCAAAAAGCUCUGUUUUUUGAAUCAGAACGUUUACAUAUUAUGUGAGACUCGGAUGGCGACUGAUAGAUAACAGUCGUCUCUGCAAUCCAGAAAUGGGCCGGCAACUUUGUACGUUCAGCGUUAGGAAGACGUUUCUAU